CGAGAGGGGCGGGAGCGAGGGAAUGGCCGCUAUGUCAUGGCCGCCGUGUGACGUCAUCCACGCAAGCGCAAUGAGCGAUUACUUAGGGAAAUCAGUUUUAGUUGUCCGUUUUCCCCACUGACUAAUUUUAUAUUUUCCAUAUUCACGCGUUCGGAAAACCACAUUCGAUGAGCCACACGUCGAAAUGAAGAGAAGAAGUAUUGAUCCUUCAAAGCUCAGAAGGCCUUUAAAACGUUCUCGCAUCACAGAAUCGAUUUAUGGAAGUGUAUUUCUGUACGUCAGAUUUUUCUUAGUAUGGAUUAUGGUGUUGACGGCGGACUUCCUUUUGGAGUUUCGCUUUGAAUAUCUUUGGCCUUUUUGGCUACUGUUGCGGAGCGCUUACGACUCAUUCAAGUACCAAGGUUUGGCCUUCUCUCUGCUCUUCCUCACACUGGCUUUCUGUUCAGACUUAGUAUGUUUGAUGUUUUUACCUGUACACUGGUUGUUCUUUGCUGCUAGCACGUAUGUUUGGGUUCAAUUCGUCUGGCAUACAGACCGUGGUUUAUGCCUACCAACGGUUAGCCUAUGGUUACUGUUUGUCUAUGUGGAAGCGUCCGUUCGUCUUCGCGAGCUCAAAAAUCUGCCUUUUCAUUUAGAUCUGUGCCGGCCGUUUGCCGCUCAUUGUAUUGGUUAUCCCGUGGUUACACUUGGCUAUGGUGUUAAAAGUUAUGUAGGCUAUAAAAUGCGUCAGCGACGAGUGCAGCAUGUAGCAAAGGAGAAUGAGUUUUAUAUGCAGCUUAUAAACCUUGCAUUGCCUCCUGAGACGAACAACCAUUCGGAGGCACCAGAAAGACCAUCUAGAGCUAUAUGUAAUGGUAAAGUUGCAAAUGGAGAUGUUGCGUUACCACGAGGACGGUCUCUACCUGUUAUGACAAAUGGGAUAAACACAAAGACCGACCUAGAACUGUUUAUAGCCAAGGAGGCCAGUCGGCGCGGCUUAAAACUAAGUGAUCUAGAAUCAAGGCCUACUUUGAAAGGGAAUGCACUGAAAGAUCUAGAUGUCCUUUCAAAUCUCGCAUCAAAAAAGACAAGUGAGGACCAUAACUUAAAUGAACUUGAUAAACUGUCUCUGGAAGCAAGUCAAAAGAACGGUAGAGGGGGACAACAGAACCGUGCUACAUUCAGCGGUGUGUUUGGAAAGUCUUCCAAGAAAAAUGCCACAAAAGCAAGUGAAAAGUUGAAAGACUACGAUGAUCAUAAUGAUGAUGACGACAAUGACGAGUCUGACAGCGAUUCUUUGAGUGCGUCCAGUAGCUCCAUUAACAACAGUCGAAAGAAUAGUAGGAGCAACUCACCCAAGGGACAUGAGAAAUCUCAGUCUGUUGACCUUGGACCUAGUCUCUCCGCUCAACUGAAGGAGGAGAGGCUGCUACGUCGUCGGGCUGAGAGCAAUGUAACCCAACUAGAGAAUGAUAGUAAACGACUGAGAGUGGAGCUGCAGACCAGUCGACAAGGCGAACAGGAGCUGAGAUCCACCAUGCACAGUUUGAUGGCCAGCGAACGAUCUACUAAGGUUGAACUGCAGCAGCUGAAGUCCGAGUGCGAGGUUAUACAACAAAAACUUCAAACCAUGUCCUCAGCACGGCAGCAAGAUCGUAAUAACAUCUCUUCUCUGGAACGUAAACUAAAAACUGAGCGAGAUGCUCGGCUUUUGGCGGAGAGUCAGCUACGAGAGGAGCGCAGACGACAGAAAGCCGAGGACGCGGCCGCGAAACAGCGCGAAGAAACGACAGGUCAUGAGGCGUGUAACGCACUCAGGAACGAACUGGAGGAAGACAGUCGUCAGCUGCGUGCUUUGCUGCAAGAGAAAGAAGAGGAAAUCAAGCGAGUCGACAAGGAGGCUGAAACGCUGCGACAAAAGACCAGGGAAUAUGAUAGCAUGCAGUUAAAGAAAGAGACGGAGGUGCUUAUGUCUGCACUGACAACCAUGCAGGGCAAGAACACUCAUCUAGAGAACAGUUUGAGUUCCGAGACGCGCUUGAAGUUGGACCUGUUCUCGGCUUUAGGCGACACGCGCAGGCAGUUGGAGAUAGCGCAGGCGAACCUCAAGACAAAAGAUCGAGAGAUCGAAACCUUGAAGCUGAAGAUCGCCGAGGUGAUGGCUGUCAUGCCCGCUACCACUACCUACACUACCGGGGAUUCCCCUGGAGUUCCGCGCUUUGCUUCCAAUCAUCUCAUCUCCCCAAAUCAUAUCGAGCUGUCCGGAAGUGGUCUGGAUCCCAGCGCUCCUUGCUACAUCCCCGUGUGUAAGGGUCCCAAAGGCUUGCUGUAAGACCCCCGACUUAGAGAACGCUUUGUUUGUCGCUACCCUGUUGUUGCUCUUAAUUUAUAAUCUUACUAAGUUAUUGGGUUUGCCAGUUGGGUAGCAAAGUCGCAGCAUUUGUCUGGGCUUGAAUAUGUUAGUUUAUAUUUCGUUAAAAGUAAUACAGGUGUUCAUAUCCUAAUUUUAGGACAAAAAAAAGUGUUGUUACAUCCUAUAGUCAGAUUCUGAUGUCACGGUGUUACUUUCGAAUUCCGAAGCAUGUUCCUCACGAAAUACUUAAAAUCUCUUCUGGUUGAACUGCAACCGUUCUUAGCAACGCUUUCUUUACCAGGCUUAUUCAUACCGUUCCCAAGAACCCUUUGGACUGCUGUCCGUUCUCGUGGCAUGCGAGAUUUAAACACAGAGAAGUGCUGCUUGUGGAGUUCUUUCAUUUCACCCAGAUCUCCUCUCAAACAAAACUGUUCAGGACUGGGUCUGAUACCAAGUUUCUGUUCAUCUUAUGCCAGGCCGGUUGUGCAUACCAUAGCUUUGCGCGACUUACCCGCAAUUCACUUGAAAUUGUAGAUAACUUUAAGAAUCCUUGAAAAAGGAAACACUUUUCAUUUGUUUUCCGUGCAUGGUACCAUCUUCAGUUCUUAACUCGGUUUCGAAGAUCCAACGUCAUGUUCAAAUUACUCGGUUUGUUGUGUUAAACGAAGUCGGCUAGUUAGUAUUAUUUUGUCAAAUAACACCAGCGAGAACUACGGUCACGCUACCAAAACCAACAGUCAACGCUAACGAUAACAAACCGACUUGAGUCUGCGCUUCAACUUAUCCUACUCAAUCUUGUGUUUAGACACUUCACUCCGAGUAAAAAGGAUUUUUUUUAAAGCGAGUUAAAAUUACAGAAUUACGUUCUGUUUGUUUUGGUGCUAUUCCUAUUUCCGUAUAUAUGGGUUUGGUUACGCUAUUUAAUUUUUUGCUUGCUGGUCUAAAGAGAAAUGAGGUCUUUGCAACUGGUCAAAACGUAAGACCAACUUUCGGCAGUUUGGGUCGUAUAUGUAAGGUAGCGGGGAGGGGGAGACGGAGGGGCCUGUCCGACGCCCCCCUGGAUAAGCCAAUUACUUGUUGGGGUCAAUUUGUACGCGAAGUCGUCUUAUGUAACCUUGAUUUCAUCAAUCACAUUUGUGGAAUGAAGAUGGGCAAGAAUGAUCAUAAAUAGCGUGACGAACCCCUGACGAAUUGUACGAACUUGAAUACAUGCAUUGUAAAUGGUUUGCACUCGAACAGACAACGUCAGCCAUGUUUCUUAGCAAUGUAGCUUUGAACUUCCAGUCGAAGUGUUUGAUCUAUAUUUUUCUGCUGAUAAGCUUACCACUGUUUUACCAGCCCUUUUCACUUGGUAAUUUGGUCUUCCUGCAUGCUUCAUGUGUGAUCUUUAAAGAGCACUUCUUUCGUUUGUCUCGUUCUUUCGCGAGUCGACAAUCGCAUCACAGUCGCGAGAAAGGGACGGUGGGGUCAAAGUAUUCGUAAACAGUGGGAUGUCAACAUUGGACAUCCUCGCAGAAAAAACAAAAACGAAAAAAAAAAGAUACUAAUAAAUUAAGAGGAAAAUUGCAGUCAGAUGUUCGUAACCUUAGUUUAAUAAAUUAUGAUGCAGUUGAAAA